AUGUCCAGAUUACAUGUAUAGCAGGUGUCUACGCUUUGCCUGCUGAUCAGCAAAGUUCCAACUACUUCUACAGAAGCAUGGCGGAAGUAACGUACAGAAGUCCUGGUAGUUUGACGUUUAAGAAUGGAGAUUUUAUACUUGACCAGAAACCUCUUCGGAUCCUCAGCGGUACCAUGCACUACUUUCGGGUGGUUCCUGAGUACUGGGAGGACCGCCUCCUCAAAAUGAAAGCUUGUGGCCUGAACACUGUGGAAACCUACGUGGCGUGGAAUAAACAUGAAGAAUACCCGGGCCAGUUUAACUUCGAUGGUAUCCUAGAUGUCAGAAAAUUUGUGCAGGUAGCCAAGAAAGUUGGUUUAUAUGUGAUAUUCCGCCCCGGUCCAUACAUAUGUGCAGAGUGGGACUUCGGUGGACUGCCAAGCUGGCUGCUGACAGACGAGAAAAUGAAAGUACGAAGUAACUACCAACCGUAUCAAGAUGCUGUUGAUAGAUUUUUCACCAAACUCUUACCUUUAGUGACAGAUUUACAGUAUUCCAAAGGAGGGCCUAUUAUAGCUGUCCAGGUAGAAAACGAAUUUGGUUCUUAUAGUGACGAGGUAGAACAUUUGUCCUUCGUCAAAGAGUUGCUGGAGAAGAAUGGAAUUCAAGAACUGUUACUCACUUCAGAAAAUAUAUUUGGGCUAAAAAGAGCAGCAUUUUAUCAACAUGCACUGCCGACAGCAAAUUUUCCAGAAAUGGGCGACGGUCAAAAACUUUUUGAUAUGAUCCGCGAGUGGAGUCCAGAUUUCCCACUUAUGGUAAUGGAGUUUUGGCCAGGCUGGUUUGACCACUGGGGACAAGGUCACAAAGGAUUGGCCAUGCCAUUGUUCGAGAACUGCCUGACAGGAAUAUUAGAUGCUGGUGGUUCCUUCAACAUGUACAUGUUUCAUGGUGGAACAAACUUCGGAUUUAUGGCUGGGGCAAACUUCUUCGCUAAUUCGACUUACAAACCAGACAUCACUAGCUAUGAUUAUGACGCUCCUCUGAGUGAAGCAGGAGACAUCACACCAAAGUUUCUGAGAGCCAGAGAAAUAAUCUUCGAAAAGGUCCUGAAACCAUUGGGUGUCACAAAGUUACCAGACCUUCCAUCAAACACACCAAAAGCUAGCUAUGUGAGAAAUGAGGUGAGGUGUUCCUCGCCGAUACCUAUGGAGCUCUUAAAGAUCCACGGUGAUUACGGUCAGAACUACGGUUAUACGCUGUAUCGUACCACUAUGCCAGCUGGGAAAUGUCUGCAGUUUUCAUCACUUCCACAGGAUAGGGCACAGAUAUUUAUCAAUGGAGCUUUUGUUCAUGUGAUUGACUGGCGAAAUCCUGGUUUGGAAAUAGACAUAGUCUGCACACAGGACACCAACACGCUGGAGAUACUGGUAGAGAACCAUGGACGUGUCAAUUAUGUUGAAUUCGGUCUAAAUUUAUUGAAUGAACAAAGAAAAGGUUUGUCCGGAGAUGUUUCCGUAGAUGGCAAGAAACUAGAGUCAUGGAGUAUUGUCCCUCUAGAAUUUGACAAUGAUUUUGUAAACAAUGUAUCUCGGUGUGACAAGUGGGUGUCCACCCUUCCGUCGUCGUAUAGUUCACCAGCAUUGUUCAAAGCCACACUGACAAUCAGUGACACACCAAAAGACACUUUCCUCUGCACAAAGGGAUGGGGAAAAGGCAUUGUGUUCCUGAAUGGAUUCAAUCUCGGUCGGUUCUGGUGUGUUGGACCCCAACAGACCCUGUAUGUGCCGGCACCUCUACUGAAACAAGGAGACAAUCAGAUUUUGAUAUUUGAACAAGAAGCCCCUGGAAUAUCUAUUGAAUUUCUUGAUGCCCCGAUCUUGAAUGAAAAUGACCAGCAAAAUGUGGAGGAUGCUGAUAAGGAAUAUCCGACUGGUUCAUAACUUGUUGAAGCAGGCUAUACCAUUAGAUAAUUGAUAUAUCUUCACCAAUAAUGGUUUAGCAAUCAAGCAGUUAAUAUUUUUACAUCUCGGAGAAAGUCUUACAGCAUGUUGGUGCCACUUUAUUAAGUCAAACCUGUCAAUAGAUACAACUCAAGGGUAAAGUUGCCUCUGUACACAGGUGGACUUUCUAAGGAAAUUCAAUUACUAUGAUACUAUGAACAGCAUUAAACAGAGAACAGAAAAGUGCCUUUUAUAUACCAUUAAAGACACCUCAUAAUGUAGUUAAGUGAUGCGUUUUUUUGGUACAUUACAGCUUACGAUAUCUUACUAUUUUAUGUAACUCGCUCUUGAUAGAAUCAGAUCUCAAGAAUGCUCAGUCAAUCCAUGAUGUUUUGGUGGUCAUUUAUUUGUUUAGUUAGA